CAACGAAGAGAGAAACAAAAAAGAAAACGAGAAGCAUCACCGCCAUGAUCGCAUUUUGCUGAGGCUAAAAAGAUAAGCAACAAUCAAAGCGUGUCGAAUCGCAAAAUAUCAAAUCACAAUCAACAGUGACUACGUUUCGUUCCUCUCCUUCGUUUCGUCUUCGAUCUUCGGUUUCAUUCUGCGUUUGUUCACAUCAUGGCCACCGCUUCAGUGGCAUUUAAGUCCAGGGAGGACCACCGCAAGCAGAUUGAGUUGGAGGAGGCGCGUAAAGCAGGGCUUGCGCCGGCUGAACUCGAUGAAGAUGGAAAGGAAAUCAAUCCUCACAUUCCCCAGUAUAUGUCUUCUGCACCUUGGUAUCUUAAUGCUGAGAGACCUAGUUUGAAACAUCAAAGGAAAUGGAAAUCCGACCCCAAUUACACCAAAUCAUGGUAUGAUAGAGGUGCUAAAAUCUUUCAGGCAGACAAGUAUCGGAAAGGUGCAUGUGAGAAUUGUGGAGCUAUGACACAUGAUUCUAAGUCAUGCAUGGAAAGACCUCGGAGAGUGGGAGCAAAAUGGACAAACAAACACAUUGCUCCUGAUGAAAAGAUAGAAACUUUUGAGCUUGACUAUGAUGGAAAACGGGACAGAUGGAAUGGCUAUGAUGCAUCAACAUAUGCUCGAGUCAUUGAGAGGUAUGAAGCUAGAGAUGAAGCUCGAAAGAAGUACCUGAAAGAACAGCAACUGAAGAAAUUGGAGAAGAGCAACCAAAAUGGUGAGGAUGCUGCAAGUGAUGAGGAGGAAGAGGAAGAUGAAGAUGAAGAUGAAGAUGAUUUAAGGGUAGAUGAGGCAAAGGUUGAUGAGAGCAAACAAAUGGACUUUGCAAAGGUUGAGAAGCGUGUGCGUACAACAGGUGGUGGGAGUACAGGAACUGUGAGGAAUCUACGUAUUCGAGAGGAUACUGCAAAAUAUCUUCUUAAUCUUGAUGUCAAUUCUGCACACUAUGAUCCCAAGACCAGAUCCAUGCGUGAGGAUCCACUUCCAGAUGCAGAUCCGAAUGAAAAGUUUUAUUUGGGUGAUAACCAAUAUAGAAAUAGUGGGCAAGCUUUAGAAUUCAAGGAAUUAAACAUCCAUGCUUGGGAAGCAUUUGACAAGGGACAAGAUGUCCACAUGCAAGCAGCUCCAUCCCAGGCUGAGUUACUCUAUAAGAAUUUCAAGGUCAUGAAGGAGAAGUUGAAGUAUCAAACAAAGGAAACCAUUAUCGAGAAGUAUGGCAAUGCGGCCGAUGAGGACAAACUUCCAAGAGAACUUCUGCUGGGCCAAAGUGAAAGGCAAGUCGAGUAUGACCGUGCUGGUAGAAUUAUUAAGGGCCAGGAAGUAGCUCUCCCCAGGAGCAAGUAUGAAGAAGAUGUUUACAUUAACAACCACACGACUGUUUGGGGCUCAUGGUGGAAGGAUCAUCAAUGGGGCUAUAAAUGCUGCAAGCAGACAAUACGCAAUAGCUAUUGCACUGGUGCUGCUGGUAUUGAGGCGGCAGAGGCUGCAAGCGAUCUUAUGAAAGCGAAUAUUGCUCGUAAGGAGGCUGCUACAGAGGAUCCUACACCUGUGGAGGAGAAAAAGCUUGCUACAUGGGGUACUGAUGUCCCAGAUGAUCUAGUUCUAGAUGAAAAAUUGCUUGCUGAAGCACUCAAGAAGGAGGAUCAAAGAAAGAGAGAAGAGAAAGAUGAGAGGAAACGCAAGUAUAAUGUUAGAUGGAACGAUGAGGUUACAGCAGAGGACAUGGAGGCAUACAGGAUGAAGAAAGUACAUCAUGAUGAUCCAAUGAAGGAUUUUCUGCAUUAAGCUUGGAAAGGAUAAAAUGGCCUGCAUCUCUUUCCUUAGAAUUAAAGGGCAAUCUUUCUUUGCUAGUCCACGAGCCUUUCUGUUAUGUUACUGCCAGCAGCUGGAUUGGGCAGAAUGGAUUAUCAGUUUGGCAUCCUUGAUCCUUUGACCUGUAGUGAGAAGGAGGAACUAGGGUGGAACUAUAAAAAAUGUUUGUACAGCUUUUGUGUGCUUCAUUUAAUCACUUUUGACUUGGUUCAACUUGAAAAUGUUUGCUUUAAUAGCAAGUUUACAUUUUCUCGACCCUUAAAAGAGGUUAGUUUCCUUUUUUGAGGGGUGAUGUGUAAAAGAAACAGCAACUUUAAGGGGUUAGAUUGAAAAAUGUUAACUCGCUGUGGAUGAUGUUAGAAUAAAUAGUAUUAGAUUAUUGUAAUAGAUUUGCAAUUAUUCAAGUGCACUCUUGGGGAGUUCAAUCUAGUUGAUAUUAGUAUUAUGUUAGUUGACUGAGUUAGUGAGAGUUUGUUAAUGACAGCUGUUGACAGCUGUCAUAACUAAUUGGCUAGCCUAUAUAAUCAAAACUAUAAUCCUCAAUUCAGCUGGCCCAUAA